AGCCGUAAACUUGUCUGCAAACUGUGGGUCCCACCUUCAUCCUGUUAACAUGUUCAACAGUUACAAUGUUAAGUUCUACCACAGCAAAGCUCUCACCUCCCCCUAUCCGGGAUCACAUGUUGAGCGUGGUCAAGUUCCUGAAGAUAAGGUGGGCUGGCUAAUUGAGUGGAAAGAUUAUAAUCCUGUGGAAUACACUGCAAUGUCUGUUUUGGCUGGACCCAGUUGGGCGGAUCCCCAAAUCAAUGAUAAAGGUUUUUCUCCCAAAUUCAAUGAGAGGGAUGGAGAAGUGGAGAGGAGGAGUCUGAAUGGCUUGUAUGUGGUUGAAAAUGGGAGGCCCCGGUGGAAGAGGGACAGAAGUGGCAAUAAAAUUGCUCAUCCAGUUACUGGCAAAAACAUCUUGAGGGUCCCUUCGACUCUGCUGUAAUUCUGUCUCGAAUCCUGCUGUGUGAGUGCCCAGUCGCUCAGCCUCAUGAGGUCCUUCAGCAGUUUUUUCCAUGGUUAGUUCAAGUCCGUCCUUGUUUGCAUACCUGUGCGUUGUCAGCAGACUUUGUCCCCUGCCUUCCUCUUCCAGGUCA